AUCCGAGAUAGUUCGAGUAAUGCCCUCAUAUAACUCGCGAGUCUCACAACGCGUACAUGUCUGUGUAAUUAAUCAUAAUUAAUAAUCAGUGUCUUAUGAUAGAUCGGGUUUUAUUGAGGAUUGUUGCAGUUGUUAGAACGAACAAGAUGAAGGUGCUGCUGUGUGUCACUGUAGCCGUGCUGGUGUGUGGAGCGCUUGCCAAGAACAAGAAGAGCGAAGAUAAUAAAGUGAAAAUAGCGCUGUACUACGAAAGCUUGUGCCCCGACAGCAAACGGUUCAUCACGGAGCAGCUGGCCCCCGUGUGGCGGGACUUCAAGGGCUCCGUCAAAGUUAAACUCGUGCCUUAUGGCAAGAGCACUCAUGACAAGGUGAACGGCAAAUGGCAGUUCAAUUGCCAUCACGGCCCUGACGAGUGCUACGGAAAUAAGGUCCAAGCUUGCAUUCUGAAGGACAAAGUCCUGGCUGACACGGAGAAGAUGGAUUUGGUCAUCUGCCUAAUGGGACAGGCCAGCCCUGACAAGUCGCUCGACACGUGCCUGGAGAAAAUCAACAAGCUAUCAGAGUCAACCAAGCUGAAACAGUGCGCGAGCGGCACCCAAGGAGACAACCUGCUCGCUGGUUACGGAGACAAGACUGAUGGCGUGCAGCGCCCUCUGGCGUUCGUGCCUACCAUCGUGGUUAACGAGAAAUUCAGCCAAGAAAACCAGGAUGCGGCCUUCACCAACCUAAAGUCCGUGAUCUGCCGCGUGGCCACCGGCACCAAACCCUCCGCCUGCUAACACUUCACACAUACAUACAUACUAACUUCAUACAAAGAGAAUUAAAUCACUACGUUACUUCAUACAUACCUAUAGACAUUGAACUAAUAUUACCGUAUAGAACCAGUACAGAGAACCAGUAUUUUGCGCCAUGAGUUGUUGAUGUUUUGACAACGAACCCUAGAACAUUUGCACCAUUCCACUAACCACGGGGUAACCGGUUAAACCUGGAGUUACCAUGGUUACCAGUACAAUGUGACACUAAGUUAACGGUUUAACGCUUAACCUCGGGUUAGUGGUAUCGUGCAACUGGCCUCUAAACGCGUAAGCGCCAUGAAUUUUACGGCGCUUACGGCUUUUAGGCCACGCGGUACCGGUUGCGAUUCCGACAAUUUCAUUGUUUGGUGUGGCUUCUCUAGUAAUACCAGGUAUCAAUACACCCCUAUUUCACCAACGUGACAGGUGCGACAAUUCGACAAGUCUCAUUGUUGCUGACGUCACAGGCAUCCAUGGGCUACGGUUAUCGCUUACCAUCGGGCGGGCCGUAUUCCUGCUUGUCACCAUCAUUGUACUAUUAAAAAAAACUUUAUUACAUCGGCAAAAAACAGGUAUUUCUCUUGUGAUGUUUAUGAUGAUAAUGAUGACAAUUGUCACAAGAUUUCAAAGAACUUUCGGUAAAUCUUGACAGCAAAUGAGUUCUGUGUCGGAAUUGUCGUAUUUCUUGUGACAAUUGUCAUUAGCUCCGCAAAAUAAAUACUUAUUUACUGGCGAUAUAGUGGAGUUUUUUUUUAAUUAACAUGUUGGUGGCAAACAACCACACCGCCCGUCUGAUGGUAAGCGGUUACCGUAGCCUAUGGAGGCCUGUGACGUCAGUAACAGUGAUGUCGACAAAUUCGACAUUUGUCACGUUGGUGGGGCCCUGAUAAGCCUAUACAUACAGAAUGUAAAGAAGUGUAUCCGAUUACUUCAUCUUCAGUGCACUUUGCAUGUUUACAUAUGUAUAAACUUCAUACAUCUACAACAAUGCCUAUAUACAGGACUAAAAACGUAAAUAAUAAGUAUACCGACUGAUCAAGUACACUUUAUUAUAUACUGUAAAGUAAACUAACUCACAUUCCUCCAGUUUAAGUUAAAUAUGAAACUGAAAAUAUUUCCGCCGUCGUUGUUGAUUUUUUUUACCACUAUUUUUUAAACCAUUAAAGAAUAGUAUACCUUCUUAGCUUUAUAAAAACUUUGUGAACCAUCAUAAAUAGGUAUUUCUUUUAAAAAGUUGUCUUUGAAAAUAUUAGUUUUAAUGGCUGACGUACAGUUUGUUAAUUUAUAAAAUCAAACCUUCCAGUUAUUUUAAAAUAAGUUUAGAUUGUAAGAAUACUUUUGUAAAAUGUUGUGUAAAAAUAAAAUAUGACUAAGACUAA